AGUCCUGGUCACCACAUUUCGUGCAGCUCGGUCCCUCCCCACUCUUGGUAUUUCAUGGCUGUCAGAGCUCCUACUGCAGCCAUUUCCGUUCUCCGCUCAUCAGCAUUUUCGCGUUUUUUCUCCACUCGAGCACCGCUUGGAGCAGCCCACCUCUCCCUUCCGCUCGUGGCGUAUAAUCCCGUGCCCGGUCCCUCAUCCCCUGCUUCCCUUGUCCCAUCACGCAACGACUUCCCUUCGCGUAGAGCGACUGAUCCGCCGUUUCAACCCGGAAUCACACUCCAGAAUCCACAGCUAUCUCUCGCUGCCUCCCCUCUAAACUUAUCGUCUAGCCUCGCACGCCUCGCGAGUUCUAGGACUUGCAAGGCGUCACCUGUGUCAUCAUCCCUCUCGGUGCUCAGCCACGAAAAGGCUGUUGUCCGCGGCAUGGCUACCACAGCAACGACGCAGGGAGCGGCAGGUGCAUUGGAGGAUAAAAUGGAUGCGGUGCAGCAGCGACUCAUGUUCGACGACGAGUGCAUUCUCGUGGAUGAGGAGGACAAGGUGGUGGGCCACGCCAAUAAGUACACGUGCCACAUUAUGGAGAACAUCGAUAAGGGCACAGCGCGCCACCGCGCCUUCAGCGUGUUCCUCUUCGACUCGCAGCACCGCCUGCUGCUCCAGCAACGUGCAGCGUGCAAGGUGACGUUCCCCCUGGUGUGGACCAACACGUGCUGCAGCCACCCGCUGUACCGCCCAGACGAGAUGGAGGAGGCGAACGUACAGGGCGUGCGGGUGGCGGCGCGGCGCAAGCUGGAGGACGAGCUGGGCAUCGACCCUGAUACCGUGGAUGUGAAGGCGUUCACGUGCCUUGGGCGCAUGCACUACAAGGCCCCCUCCGAUGGGAAAUGGGGCGAGCAUGAGAUUGACUACCUCCUGGUGCUGAAGGCUGACCUGAAGGCCACCCCAAACCCUAACGAGGUGGCUGCUGUGAGAUUCGUGGACCGGGAGGAGUUGAAGGAGCUGGUGCGCAAGGCGGACAAUAAGGAGGAUGGAGUGGUCCUGUCGCCGUGGUUCCGCCUUGUAGUGGACCGGUUCCUGCCUGCCUGGUGGGACCAUUUAGAUGCUGGCACAUUGUCAGAGGUGGUUGAUAUGGAAAAGAUUCACCAUUUAUAGAAGCUUCUGAUUGUUUUUUUUUUUUUUUUUUUUUUUUUGUAUGCUGCGUUUCUUGUAGCACAUUACCUCUUGUAAGGGCUGAAAAUGUACUUAACAAAUGUGAGAUUCUUUA